UAUUAAUUAUUAAGACUUAUUAUACUACCUAGUAUAAUAUAAUAUAAUAUAUUCUAUUUGAUUUUUACAUUUGUAAAUAUUUUUUUUUCUAUAUUAUAUAUUGCGCUCAACUUUAAUUUUAAUUUGACGUCGAAAUGGCGUUAUUGUUGAAAACGCCAGUAGUACAAUGCGCUGGAUUCGUGGACGGAAAACUCUCCUGUAAAUUAAGCCAAUUUAAACGGUUCCGUGACAUAUUUCAUCCAGUACAGAUAUGUGAAGUAUGCGAAGAAAAACGAUAUUGGCCAUUAUCCAUUAGGAAAUGUGAAAUAUGUUCGUUCAAAGGACAUAAGAGAUGUGUCGAAUAUGAGACACUGGAAGCGUCAUUUGUGAAUGUAAUCCCUUUCAAUUUCGACCCUAUUUUAACUACUACAAAACCCCGGAAUACUAGGAAUUCUGGAAGCAUCAGCAGUACCAGUUCAGCAUGGGUGAAUAGAAAUCGCCCCAGUACCAGUUCAGCGUGGGUGAAUAGAAGUCGCCCCAGUACCAGUUCAGCGGCGACAAUGAAUAAUAAUAGAAACCGUCCGAGUACCAGUAAAGCUGCGCCAGUAAAGGAUAGCACAAACCUUUCAAACAUUACGAGUACGAGUACUUUUGAGACAGCGGUGGAGGAUGACAAAAAUACUACCGGGACAGCAAUUGUAUCGGUAAACGAUACCACAAGUCCUCUGAGUACCGAUGAGGUUGUCUUGGAAGUGGAUAAUACAAGCGUUCCUGGUACCAUUAUAGUGACAAGAGUGAACAAUAACGACACGAAUGCGGUUAUUACUAGUGCUGCAGUGACGUCUGUGAAGGGUGAUACAGAUUCGUUAAGUACCAGUACUGCAGUGAAGUCAGUGGACUAUACAACGAACUUACCCAGUGCCACGGAUGAAGUAGUGACAGUAGAUGAAAUUAGAAGUGUUCCAAGUGUCGGUACAGUGACGGCAGUGGAUGAUACCGAUGUAAUAAGGCAACACGAGUCUGAUAACAGUUUAGAUGCAAAUAAAACAACGAAAAAGAGCAAGAGACGUAAAUGGUAUCGUAGAUUUAUCUUUUGUUUCCUCAUUUUCCUCACUUGCAAGUGUUAAAAAUCCUGUGAUUAUGGAAUAAGUGUACGGAUACUUUGGUAUGUUAUAUAACGUAUAUAUUAGGCGAAGAAAAAUGUAUCACAAAAAAAACACUUUGGAUUAUCUAUAAGUUAUAAUUCAUAACGUAAAAGACGCAACACUUUUACUAAAAAAUGUAUUAAAUACGAAUUUAUUAUUUUACAUGUAUUUUUAAUACACGUAU